CCGAUGACAAGCUCGCGUUUUAUUCCGAAACCCUCCCUCUUCCGCGUCCGCCAUCACUCGAACGACUGAACGGACUUCCAUCUCGGGCACCUCUGAGCGUGCACCUGUUUAUCAUCUACGUCAAGGUGAAAUCACACGACGGAAGCGGAGGCGCUGCGAGACUCGUGCUAUUCGCGAGGACUAUCAUAGGGCUGCUACUCGACUCAUAACUGCAUCCACCCCUCGAACGACGCGCUCGCCGCUGAAAUCGAGUCAAGGCAGACCAUGCUUGUCGCCCGAAGUAUCCCCCGCGCACCGGUCAAGUCCGCGUAUAGUCGCGCGUUUAGCGCCUCGUCGAGUUGCGCCAAAGAGCGGCUCGUGAUUCUCGGUUCUGGCUGGGGUAGCUACGAGGUCCUGCGCGGGAUUGACAAGAAGCGGUGGGAUGUCACCGUCGUCUCUCCGAAUAGCUACUUCAACUUCACGCCUCUCCUGGCCUCGUGCUCGGUUGGUACCCUCGAGCUGCGCUGUGCCACCGAGCCUGUGAGGCGUUAUGCGCCGCAAAUCACGUCCUACCAGGCUUGGUGUGACAGCAUAGACUUCAAGAACAAGACGCUCAAAUGUAUGCCCUCCACCCCGCCAGUUCACCCACCUAGCGAGUCGCGGGUGCCCUCGACCUCCAGCACCUCCCAGUCGACAACGGAUCGUUCGCAGACGCCUUCGCCAUCGUACUCGCCGCAGACAGAUUCGCCGCCGCCCGCCUCCAAUGUCGCGUUCACUAUACCGUACGACCGUCUUGUCAUCGGCGUCGGCGCAUAUUCGCAAACUUUCAACACCCCGGGCGUGAAGGAAAAUGCGCUGUUCCUGAAAGACGUGCGCGAUGCGCGUGCUAUCAGGGCGAGGAUUUUAGACUGCUUUGAGCAGGCCAAUCAACCCACGCUCUCGGACAUUGAACGCAGGAAUCUCCUAAAUUUCUGCAUUGUCGGAGGUGGACCGACCGGUGUUGAGUUCGCCGCCGAGCUGCACGACCUCAUCCACGCCGAGAUCCAAUCGCACUACCCUGUGCUCGCAAGAAUGGCACGCAUCACCUUGUACGAUGUGGCGCCUAGUAUUCUGGGCAUGUUUGACCGCGAGUUGGUAAACUACACGGAGAACACCCUUCGCCGCGAGGGUGUUCGCAUCCGGACUGGACAUCACGUCGAGCGAGUCGAAAGGGACCGCAUGAUCGUCACCGAACAGGGCGAAGUGCCCUUCGGCCUCCUCGUCUGGAGCACCGGACUUGCGCCCAACCCGCUCGUCAGCUCCAUCACGGAGUUGCAGAAGGACAAGAAGUCCGGGAGGACUAUCCAAGUUGACGGCCAUCUGAACGCUAUUCGCGCGGAUGGGACGCCGGAUCCGAAUAUCUGGGUCAUUGGCGAUGCGGCGCAGGUGCCGGAUGCGAUUCUGCCAGCGACGGCGCAAGUCGCCAACCAGCAAGCCAAGUUCUUGACUAGGCAACUGAACCGCAUCGCGAAGGACAAGUCCGUAGACCGCGUGUUCGAGUUCCACAACAUGGGUUCGCUCGCGUACAUUGGGAACUGGAAAGCCAUCUACGACCGCGGCAGCUCGAAGAACGGUAACGGCGACAAGCCCGCACCGUUCACGAAGGAGACCGGCCGCGUCGCGUGGCUGCUCUGGCGCUCGGCGUACUUCACGCGCACGCUGAGUGUACGGAACAAAAUUCUCGUGCCUUUCUACUGGUUCCUUAACUGGAUCUUCGGGAGAGACCUCACGAGGUUCUGAUGGUAUAUAGCAUAGACAGCCACGGACCACUCCUAAUAGACAGCUACAAUUCUGCGUCGUAAUGUCACAACCACCGUUUCCAUUUCCAUCUUCAC